UAUGGAGUAUGCGUGCAUGCAGCAGGGAAGUCGUUGAUGGCCUGGUCCCUACAAACUAGCUAGAUAGUCGACCGCCUCCCCCUCUCUCUCUCCUACCUUAAUUUGCCACAGAACAGAUGCUUGAGGAGGAGGAGGAUGGGACGAGGCAGCCGCUCAUCGUCUCCGGCGGCGGCCCCAGGCUGAUGAAGCACCGCACCAACAAGCGACGUCGCCAUUGCUCGUCCUUGCCGUCGCUCGCUUCGUCGUCCUCCUCCCGCAGCGGCAGCACCACCACACAGCAAGAGGAGGAAGACGAAGAGGCGGACAUGGCCAAGUGCCUCAUCCUCCUCGCCCAGGGCCCCGCCGUGGUCGUGGAGCCACAUCCACCAAUAAUAAUGCCGGCACCCGAGACGCCCAGGAGCACGAGCCGCAGGUGCGCCGGCGUGUCGUCGUCGUCGUACGAGUGCAAGACGUGCAACAAGUGCUUCCCCUCCUUCCAGGCCCUCGGCGGCCACCGCACCAGCCACAACAACGACAAGAAGCAGCAGCCGCGGCGGCCGGAGCAGGAGGCCACCGCCGCUGCUGUCACAACGACGCUUAGCCUGCGCACAGCAGCGCCGGGGAGGCCGGCGGCGCACGAGUGCUCGGCAUGCGGCGCGACGUUCGCGUCCGGGCAGGCGCUUGGCGGGCACAUGAGGCGCCACCGGCCGCUCACCAUGAGCGCGGCGGUGCCGCCGGAGAGUGUGGUCACCGCCGACGACAGUAGCAAUAGUAAUGGGCGGCUGCUGCUGCUGCUGCAGGAGAGGAGCGCAGGAGGCAACCACCACGUCAACCUGGAGCUGGACCUCAACCUGCUGCCGGCGCCGUCGACGGAGCAGGAGGUGACAUCCCCGGCAAAGCGCAUGCACCACCACUUCAAUUGAUUAGCUAGCUAUAUAUAGCUUCAUCAUCAUAUAUAUCAUAUAUCGAUCGAUAUGGCUGCUGCUGAUUCACACUCCAAUUAAUGUAAUCUUUGGGAUUUCUUUUAUUUUUCCUUUUUGCUUGUCCUAUUACUUAUACAUGUACAACUUGCAGCCAUGCAGGCAUCAAUCAAUCAGUCAGUACAGCCUGCUAGCUGCAGACUUAAUGAUAAUGCAAGAUCGAGGGAUCUGAAUUGAUCCUUUCAAUUGCUACACUAGCAGCAGCAGCAGCAGCAGUAGUUAGUAACACUACACUGAUUUUUUCUCGAACACAACAUUACACUGAUUGAUUCUAUUCCUAGCUACAUUUGACUUGACAAGAUGGAGCACAUCGGUAAAGU